AUGGGCGAACUGAACGACUUGGCCGCGUCGGUGGCGGCGGUGCUGAAAGAACGUGGAGACUCUUUGGCGGUGUCGGAGUCUUCGUGCGGCGGGCUGAUAUCGGCCGCGCUGGUAUCGAUACCUGGCGCCUCGGACUACUAUGUGGGCGGGUCGGUGGUAUACACGCGGGUGGCGCAGGCGGGCCUGUUGCAGGUGCCCGAAUCGGCGAUGGAGGGUCACCGCGCCAGCACGGAAUACUACGCCCUGCUGAACGCCCGGACUUCCCGCGAACGAUUGGGCACCACCUGGGCUCUGGCGGAAACGGGGGCCAGCGGACCCACCGGGAACCGCUACGGCGACAACUAUGGUCACGCCUGCUUUGGCGUCGCCGGCCCGGUGGAACGCUCCCAGACGUUGGAGACGGGCAGCCCCGACCGCGAGGCGAACAUGUGGGUUUUCGCCCGGACGGCGCUCGCGCUCCUGGAGGACGCUCUGAAAGCGGCGUGA